AUUUGGGUUCUCACCGGGGACAAGGAACAAACAGCAAUCACAGUGAGCCAAGCGGCCGGUCAAUUUCCUCCAAAUAUGAGCCUAAUGAGAAUCACCAAUUGCCCCACAAUUGCUAGUACAGCUUGUCGAAUCUAUGAAGUUUUGGAAGGUUUAGAAACUGGCACGGAACAAUAUGACAAUCCUGUGUACAGACCUGAAGACUCAAAUAAAGAAGAAGUUGAUGAGAUUCUCGCGGCCGCUGUGGAAGAUGAACUAUCCCGUGGAGUUCACAAGGACGAAUUGUCCUGUUUCCGCACCGAACAAGAUCUAUCCGAACUUGUGCACAAAAUUGAUACACUCAGACGUAAACUGAUGGAAUAUGAGACAAAAAAACGAUUUCGGGAUCGGUUGCUUCGUCGAAGGCCUCAGCAGUACAUUGGGAAAUCCGGUGAACAUAUUGGCCUGGUCGUUGACGGACAAAGUUUGAUUCAUGCCCUCGGGCCCGCUCUUCGUCCCGCAUUCUUGGAUCUUUGUCUACACGUCAAUACUGUCCUGUGCUGUCGAAUGACCCCGAUGCAAAAGGCGUCCAUUAUUCAAAUGGUUCAACUGGGCCUGAAGGAACGCGGGGAUAAAAGAACCCCGGUCACAGCGGCCGUCGGAGACGGUGGGAACGAUGUGGCCAUGAUUCGUCAAGCCAGUGUUGGGAUCGGACUGUACGGGCGAGAAGGUCGCGAGGCGGUCCGAGCGGCGGAUUACGCAACUCCGCAAUUUCGGUGA